AUGAAGCCGUCAUCAUUUAAAGGAGGGAUAGAACCAAUGAAAGCCAAAGCAUGGGUGUUGGGUAUAGAAAAGUUAUUCGAAGUUUUCACUUGUACUGAAGCUCAAAAAGUGCAGCUUGCUACCUUCACCCUCGAAGACGAAGCACGAAGGUGGUGGAUGCUUACGAGAACUGUACACCAAGGGUUGACAUGGGAUAGAUUUUUGGAAUUGUUCUAUGACAAGUAUUUUCCCCAGAGCAUACAAGACAAGAAGGUGACUGAGUUUGAGACCCUGAGGCAGGGAAAUAGAACUGUUGCAGAAUAUGAGGCUCAAUUUGCCGAAUUAACUCAGUUUGCACCGCACAUGGUGGACACAGAUUACAAGAAGGCAAGAAAGUUCGCAGGUGGGUUGCGGGCUGCUAUUCUCGACCAAAUUAAUGUGUUGAAAUUACCCACGUAUGUUGACGUGUUGGAAAGGGCCGUGAUUGCUGAGAGCAAUGUUGUUGCUCAAAAUCGGGCCUCGGAGUGGAGAGGGAAAAGGCAGAACACCCAAAUUUUUUAG